AUGCUUCUUCUCCUCCUCAUCUUAAGCUUGGCACCACAGACAUUGGAGUGUUCAGGCCAGGGUACCUCGAAAGUAGAGACAGUGUGCUCUUCUGGAGGUUUAGGGUGUACAGACAGGCUAAUUGUUGAGCUUGAUGUGGACAACCUGGAUAAACUUCAGUUUCAGUGGGAAGCAGGGGAUAUUAACAAUCGGUCCCCCAGAAAAAGCGAUGCAGGCAAUGCCGGAGUUGUUGUAACUGUACAAAAAACCGCCGUAUCUUACUCGUACAACCUUACUUAUGUCAAGGUAGACUUCAAGCUUUAA